AUAUAAUUGAAGGUGUACAGAAAAGUAUACAGUAGCAUUUUCCAUUUGUUUAUUCGCUUCUUUGUUUUUUGUUUUGUUUUCCUUUUUCAACCACCCUUAAACUUCGCUGCCCGGCUCUUCAGUUUCGUACUUUCACGGACUUCUUUGUUCAGCGCAGGAGACCAAGAACUUCCUGGUAUACCAGAAAUAGUGCUUCAGAGAAAUGGAUGAGAUAACCAAUGUUAUGGAGUAUGAGGUCAUUGCAAAGGAGAAGUUACCAAAGAUGGUCUAUGACUACUAUGCAUCAGGCGCAGAGGAUCAAUGGACUCUUAAAGAAAAUAGAGAUGCAUUCUCAAGGAUUUUGUUUCGACCUCGCAUUCUUAUUGAUGUAAGCAGUAUAGACAUGACAACAAGUGUCUUGGGCUUCAAAAUUUCAAUGCCAGUCAUGGUAGCUCCAACAGCUUUCCAGAAAAUGGCCCACCAUGAAGGAGAGUAUGCAACAGCAAGAGCAGCCUCUGCAGCUGGCACAAUUAUGACAUUGUCCUCAUGGGCUACUUCCAGUGUGGAAGAGGUUGCUUCAACAGGGCCUGGCAUUCGCUUUUUUCAGCUCUACGUUUUUAAAGACAGGAAUUUAGUAGUACAACUCGUUAGAAGAGCUGAAAGGGCUGGUUUCAAGGCAAUUGCCCUUACUGUGGAUACUCCAAGGCUUGGCCGUAGAGAAGCUGAUAUUAAAAAUAGAUUUUAUCUACCACGGCAUUUGACAUUGAAAAACUUUGAGGGACUAGAUAUUGGCAAGAUAGAUAAGACCAGUGACUCUGGACUAGCUUCUUAUGUUGCCAGCCAAGUUGAUAGGUCUCUUAGCUGGAAGGAUGUGAAGUGGCUUCAGACUAUUACCCAUUUACCAAUCCUAGUGAAGGGUGUCUUAACUGCCGAGGACGCAAGGCUAGUAGUAGAAGCUGGAGCAGCAGGAAUCAUCGUGUCAAAUCAUGGAGCUCGGCAACUUGAUUAUGUCCCUGCAACAGUUAUGGCUUUGGAAGAGGUUGUUAAAGCUGCCGAAGGCCGAGUUCCCGUUUUUCUGGAUGGUGGGGUGCGGCGAGGAACAGAUGUUUUCAAGGCGAUGGCUCUUGGGGCAUCUGGAGUCUUUAUUGGGAGACCAGUGGUGUUUGCAUUGGCUGCUGAUGGAGAGGCUGGUGUGAGAAAGGUACUUCAAAUGCUCCGCAAUGAGUUUGAGCUAACCAUGGCGUUAAGUGGUUGCCGCUCGCUCAAGGAGAUUACUCGCAAACACAUUGUGACCCCAUGGGAUCCUCCUCGUAUGGCGCCCAGGUUGUAGAGGUAAUCUCAUUCCUGAGAGGCUCUGAUCUUCUGAAAGGAUAAAUUUCAAGAGCUGCUAUUUCUCUAGAAUAAUGUUUUGAAACUGAUGGUUUCUAGGAAAAAACUGAAUAAAAUGAUAUUUGUGGUUCAGAGCUGCCAUUUAUGUGUAUACCCUUCUUGAACCAGAAUAUAUGAUUCUGUUUCUCACUGAACCUUUUUCCUUUGAUCAUCUUCAAAGGACAUGGUUUUAGUUUAAAAGUAAUAAAAGUGUGAUUGAAUGUACUGCUA